AUGCCUGUAGAAGACCCCACUUCCGGGCGCUUAUUUAUAUGGCUCGUCUCUUUCUUCUUGUUUAUUACUAUAGCUGCUGGAGGCAGCUUGCUGCUUAUGUACGUUGUCCUCCCUGCAGACCCAUCUAGGGCUUGGUUUCCUGUUGCAGGUAUAGCCCUGGUUUGCCUGCCUUGGCUAUUUUGGGUACUCACAUGCUUCUAUCGAAUUCUUUCUCGAAUCUUUGGAUUUCGGAUUGCUGUUGGUUCUAUUAAUGGUGGUGGUGAUGCAGGAGGUGGUCAUCCAAAUGUUUUUAACACGACAGGAAAUGCAGCAACUGAUAACGAGUCUGGUAACAUCGAAAAUCCGGGAGGAGAUGGAAGUCAGGAUGAUUUUGAAGGGCCCAUGGUGAUGGUAGAGAGAAAUGAUAGUGGUGGUGGCAAUGGAAAAACUGCAAUUAAGAGGAAUUUAUCAGCAAGCAAUUCAAUCAACAUGUCUUUUAGGUCACAUGAGAGUGAAUUGCCAUUGACCUCAUCCAUGGCAUGUUGAUUGAUUCAUUGAGCUAAGGUGGUGAUGAUUUGAAUGAAGAGAGGAGCUUCCUCAAUCCAAUCCUUGAUCUGUUUUCCCCAGGGAAGCCGUUCAUGUCCUUGCUACAAUCCAAUAGCUACACACAUACAUGUCUGGUCAUAACAUCACACAAAAUUGCAUAAAACUACACUGAUCAUGGAUGGAAUACAGAAAAAAAUGAUUUAUGUAUCUGUCAUUACAAUGAUCUUGAGAUUGUUUCAAGAAUGUUUGUUCUCCUUCCCAGAUUUACUAGGCAUUAUUUUUUUUCUUUUUCCUUUCACAGAUUUCUUAGGUAUAGGCAUUUUUUCUCUUGUUCACUCCAUUCAUAGAUUUCCUGUCAGAAAAUUUCGAAUACAAGACAGACUUCCUGGUUUCUGUUCUUUUAUGUUCUUGUAUUUAAAUUGUGGAUAAUUAAGUAUUGUUAAUGCAAUCUUCAAUCAAUGCAUAUACAAUGUAAAGCUUAA